GCCACUUGCCUGAUCUCCGCCCAAAACCACACAAAGUCAAAGGGCAUACACCCUCACACUUGUUCGUUCUUCCUGUCUUUUUAUUUUCCGCCACUGUCUGUUGCGACAAUGGUGCAGAACGGCUCCGCCUCCGUCCUGCCGGACCCCACCGCCGACCUGCACUGGAGCAACUACCGGGGCGCAAUCCACGAGAUCUUCGCGGCCAAUGCCCAGAAGCACCCUGAGAGGCCCUGCGUUGUCGAAACCGCGAGCGCCAGUGGCCCCGAGCGUGCCUUCACAUACCAGCACAUCAAUGAGAGCUCAAAUCAGCUUGCUCACCACUUCCUGCAACAUGGCUGCGAGCGCGGCGACGUCGUCAUGGUCUACGCCCACCGCGGUGUCGACCUCGUCGUCGCAUACAUGGGUGCUCUCAAGGCCGGAGCAACCGUCAGCGUCCUCGACCCGCAAUACCCGCCUGAUCGCCAGACCAUCUACCUCGAAGUCGCCAACCCUCGUUUCCUCGUACAGAUUGAGCGCGCGACGGAGGAGGCAGGAAAGCUGCCGGACACGGUCAGGGAGUUCAUCACCAAGAACUUGAGCCUCAAGGCCGAGGUUCCUGCUCUCAAGCUUCAGGAUGAUGGCACUUUGGUCGGUGGCCAAGUCGACGGCAAGGAUUGCCUCGAGGCACAGGUCGCUGUUAAGAGCCAGUUGCCGGAUGUGGUGGUCGGCCCCGACUCUAUCCCCACGCUGAGCUUCACCAGUGGCUCGGAAGGCAGGCCGAAGGGCGUGCAGGGUCGUCACUUCUCCCUCACCUACUACUUCCCUUGGAUGGCUGAGAGGUUUGGCCUGUCUGAAAACGACAAGUUCACCAUGCUGUCCGGUAUCGCCCACGACCCCAUUCAGAGAGAUAUCUUCACCCCUCUCUUCCUCGGCGCUCAACUCCUUGUUCCUAGCAGGGAUGACAUUGCUCACGAACUUCUCGCUGAGUGGAUGCGCAACCACAAGGCCACUGUCACCCAUUUGACGCCUGCCAUGGGUCAGAUUCUGGUCGGUGGUGCCUCCGCUGUCUUCCCUUCUCUCCACCACUCCUUCUUCGUCGGUGAUGUAUUGAUCAAGAGAGACUGCAGGAGGCUGCAGGAGCUGGCUCCCAAUGUUCGCAUUGUCAACAUGUACGGAACCACUGAGACCCAGCGAGCCGUCUCCUACUUUGAAAUCCCCAGCAAGACCGAUGAUCCCGCGUUCCUUGACACCAUGGGUGAUAUCAUUCCCGCUGGCAAGGGUAUGCUCGAUGUUCAGCUGCUCGUUGUUGACCGCGAGAACCGCAACCGGAUUUGCGAAGUCGGCGAGCAAGGUGAGCUUUUCACGCGUGCUGGUGGUUUGGCUCAAGGCUAUCUUGGCAAUGAUGAGACCACUGCCAAGCUGAACGAGUCCAAGUUCAUUUCCAACUGGUUCCUGGAUCCCCAGCAGUGGGCCAAGCAGGAUGAGGAGCAGGCUGCUGCUUCCGGUAAGCAGGAGCCAUGGCGGCAAUUCUACCAGGGUCCCCGUGACAGGCUAUACCGGACCGGUGACUUGGGUCGCUACACUGCUGAUGGAAACGUCGAGUGCACUGGUCGCAUUGACAACCAGGUCAAGAUCCGUGGUUUCCGUAUCGAACUGGGCGAGAUUGACACCCACCUGUCGCGUCACCCGCUCAUCCGUGAGAAUGUGACUCUGGUCCGCAGGAACAAGGAUGAGGAGCCUACGCUGGUCAGCUACAUCGUUCCCGAGAUGAAGCGUUGGUACGAAUGGCUCCAAGAGAAGGGCAUCGCAAUUGACGAGUCCAUCGAUGAUACGAUGGCUGGUAUGCUGAAGAAGUUCAAGCCUCUGUCGGACGACUGCAGGAACUUGUUGAAGACCAAGGUCCCCUCCUACGCUGUUCCUAGCGUUUUUGUCCCUCUUUCUCGUAUGCCUCUCAACCCCAACGGUAAGAUUGACAAGCCGGCGCUUCCUUUCCCUGAGCCGGAAGAUCUGCUCAAGGCCUCUGGCAGGAGGUAUUCGCAGAUCGCUGCUGCCAUGACUGAGACCCAGAAGACAGUUGCGUCGAUUUGGGGCGAGCUGCUUCCCAAUGUCUCUGCCAAGAUGUUGACGCCCGAGUCCAACUUCUUCGAGGAGGGUGGCCAUUCGAUUCUGGCCCAGCAGAUGCUCCUGAAGGUCCGUAGGCAAUGGAAGGGCACCGACGUUCCCAUGAGCGUCAUCUUCUCUUCGCAGACUCUCGAGGCUUUUGCUGAACAGAUUGACCGUGCGCGUGACCCCGCUGGCCUGCGUCUGGAUGCCGCCCCGGCUGUGGAAGAUCUCAAGGACGAGGCUUACUCUGCUGACGCUCGUGAGCUGGCUCAACAGCUGCCCAAGUCCAUCCCUUCGGGCGAACUGAACUUCUCGCAGCAGAUCACUGUUUUCCUGACUGGCGCCACCGGUUUCCUUGGUUCUUACCUUUUGCACGACCUCCUCAACCGCAACACCAGGGUCAUCGCACACGUCCGUGCCAAGGAUUCCAAGGCCGGUUUGGAGCGUAUCGUUCAGACUUGCAAGGCUUACGGUAUCUGGUCUGAAUACUGGAGAGACCGUCUGCACUGCGUUGUCGGUGACCUGACCAAGCCUAACCUUGGUCUCUCCCAGGACGCUUGGGAGAACGUCGCAAACGAGGCGGACGUCAUCAUCCACAACGGCGCUCUUGUCAACUGGAUGCAGCCGUACUCCAGCCUUCGUGCCGCCAACGUCCUCAGCACCAUGUCGGCCAUCUCGCUCUGCACGAGCGGCAAGCCCAAGCACCUUGGCUUCGUUAGCUCCACCUCGACACUCGACAGCGAACACUACGUCAAGCUGUCCAAGGACAGCGUUGCCAACGGUGGCAAGGGUGUGCUCGAGGCCGAUGACUUGGAGGGUAGCCGCAAGGGCCUGGGCACGGGAUACGGACAGUCCAAGUGGGCCAGCGAGUACAUUGUGCGCGAGGCCGGCCGUCGCGGUCUCAAGGGUGCCGUCAUCCGUCCCGGCUACGUCACCGGUGACCCCAAGUCUGGUACUUCCAUCACUGACGACUUCCUCAUCCGCCUGUGGAAGGGCUGCCUGCAGCUCAAGGCGCGUCCCGAUAUCACCAACACGGUCAACCAGGUUCCUGUCACGCACGUUGCCCGCGUUGUCGUUUCUUCGACGAUCCACCCUCCGGCUUCGCCUCUUGGUGUUUCCCAGGUCACCGGCCGCCCUCGCCUUACGUUCAACGAGUUCGUGGGUGCCCUGGAGACGUACGGCUACAAUGUGCCGAAGGUGUCGUACGAGGAGUGGCGCGAUGCGAUGGAGGAGUAUGUCGCCAGCUCCAUCGAUGGCAAGCAGGAGGAGCACGCUCUGCUUCCCCUCUUCCACUUCGUCACGGGCGACCUCCCCAGCGACACGAUCGCCCCAGAGCUGGACGAUGCCAACGCGGCCGCCGCGCUCAAGGUUGACGCCAACUAUACGGGCGAGGAUCUCUCGGCCGGCGGCGCAGUCACCGAGGACAUCAUCGGCAACUACCUGGCCUACCUCGUUGCGGUCGGCUUUUUGCCGAAGCCGGAGAAGGCGGGCGAGCGCGAGCUGCCGUGGUUUGAGCUCAGUGCGGAGCAGAAGGAGGCGCUUGGACGGAUUGGUGGACGUGGUGGCAAUGCGUAGGUUUGCGGUGGUGUGAGUGAAUAUUUGGAUUUGUGGAGGGUUUAGGCGGGUAAGUGGGAUGGGAUAGAGUGGGGUUUGGAAAAAUAUACUUGUGUAUAUGUAUACCAGCUGUGAGUGGGAGGACUGUUUCCAUUCAAUAUGUGGUGUAUAUGUUUGGGUAGGUGGGGUGGAAAAUCUAGGAAUCGCUUGUAUGUGCAUGG